GCAGAAAUUUUUCGAUAUCAGCUCGCCUCUUGUCAGCAACUUGUUUGAUAUUCGAUCGGCCCACACUCAUGCCACUCGGUAAACUGAAAAUUCCAAACAAACAUCAAGAACAUUGACCAAAACUCGAGAUCGUGAUUUAGGAUUAGGUUGAAUGAGUAAUCGACGUGGAAAAAUUGUGCCUAGAGACCAACGUCUCAUCGUAAUCUCGAGCUGAUCUAAACCUGCGAGAUAGCCAACUCUAUAAAAUUUACGAUAGCACAAGUGCGUAUGAGUGAGUCAUCCUGGAGAUGUCAGUGUAUCAAUUCAUUGUGUCAAGGAGUUUUAUGAUAAAGAAUUAGAUAAAUGGAAUUAUUCCCUGCUUUCAUAUCGCACCACAUCGAAUCGUACUCCUGUCAGUAAAAAAAUGGGACUGAAAUGGUUUCGUGCUCGAAUCGCCCUGGACAAGCCGACGACUCACAAUUCCCCGGGUGUUCCAGGUUUCUAUCGGUCAGUAUCGAAUUUCGAUGGCGCCAUUUGGCCACCUCCUCCGACGCUUGUACAAAAACCCAGACCAGUUGCUGUGCCUGUGGCACCGCCUCAAGUCCCCGUACAAUCCCAAAAUCCCACAGCAUUGCAAUCAUCGGAAUAUAGACGAAGUAGUGCAUCCAGCGAGGAAGGUGUGGGUGGUUUCAAAUUGCCGAGAGCAUCGGUGGAAAUCUUGAGGGAAAAGCAGAUAGAGGACACGACGAAGAAAGCUGUCAGAAAGAAGAAAGCAGCACCAAAACCUGGUGAUGCUCCGAGGAAGAAUGGCAGUUCUGGGGCCAGGGAAUUUGUUAUUUAAUACUAUUCUACUGGAUUUUUGCCAUAUUGUUAAUAAAUUCUGUGAAGAAGUGGUAAAGGGAAAUAAGUUAACUUAUCUCUCAGUUGAGUUUUUGAGCAAUACCUGUGAAUCUAAGGACGAUAGCGGAAUUUUUGUCAUAACAUUUGUUGUAGCACUCAAUUAGUUCCAUAAAAAAGGUUAUAAUAAAAAUUUUAAUACCUUUUCUAGAUUCUGAGAUAUUCAUCGAAAACUUGUCAGUAGUCAUAAUUAACUACUGAGGACUCCGGUUUUUCACCUUGAAAUGUCAACCAAGUGCCAGUUUCAGUGAAAAUUCUGUUUUUUUUUAUCGGUGGAAAGGGUAAAUUACAAUUGAACUAUUCUAUGAAAUUUCAUAGAAAUUGUGGGAAAUCAGGAUUUUUCUUGAAUUUACAAGAAAUCUUGAAGGCGCGUACAUUUUUUCUUGCUGGAAGUCUGAUUUUGCAGACGAUUCAGUAAUUUUUUGAAUAGUGUGAAGUGAAACAUUUAGGAUUCCAAGAAUUGUUGAUUCUGGGAGGAAAUACAAAAAUUUAUUUCUCAGUGUGUAGUCUCCUCUCUACACAUGCAAAAACCGAGUUUACUAAAUUAAAAUAAAUCGAACGACUCGAAUGAGUGGAAAAGUCGGUGUAAUCUCCUU